UAUCCACGUUGUGAAAAGCAGGCAGGUGCAAUACCUCUCUACAGAAAAUGUAGUCAUGGCUUCUGGCUUUUGUGGAAAUUGCUCCCGACUGCUCAUAGAAUUUACUGCUCAUUUGAGGGAAGUUUGCAGAGAGUUUGAGCAAAAAAUAAGGGACGUUUUCAGAGAACUCUCUAAGUGCACCUGCUUUAGAAUAACACCUGAGAGGAGUUUCCUGAGGAGGACGACUCAAGAGUUGCCCUCUUUACACCUUCUGUAUGAUGAUGAAACUCAACUGCUUAAUCAGGAAAGUCUACAAGGACUGAACAGACUUGCAACCUCAGAAAACACUGAUCUACAAAUGACGGCAGCCAUGUAUUAUUUACAUCUCAGUCACCAUUUGAAAUCUCCCUUACCAGAUGCCUUCAUGCAGCCAGUCAUGGCCUUACUUUUAUCAACUGACCUCAAUGUGCAAAAGACUAUCUCUCUCUCCUUAGUCAAUCUGCUAGUAAAGAAUAAUGUGUGCAAAGAGUUAGUGAUUGAAAUGGGGAUGCUGGAGCCCAUACUGGAGUUGUUCAAGUCUGGUGAUGCCACCGCUCAGUGUCACUCAUGUGCCUGCGUCACCAUGCUGGCCUCCUCAGAAUCAAACAGGGAAGCUAUCAUGGUGGAUGGAAUCAUACCACUGCUGGCUUUAGCAAAAUCCUACGACCCACAGGUGCAACAGAACGCAACUUGGGCUCUGUUACAGCUCACACAGUCAGAUUGGUCAAUAAGGAUCUUAUGUCAAGCAGGAGCCAUUCCUGUCCUGGUACUUCUGCUGCAGUCCUCAGAUUCAGAGGUUCAGUUUUACAGCUGCACUGCUCUGUGCAACAUCGCUGCUAUUCAGGAGCACCACCCAAAGUUGCUCAGCAUUGGGGGCCAUUUUUUGUUAAAGUCUCUUCUGACUCUCAUGUCUUCCUCUGUGCAGAAGAAUUCAACCCAAGCAUGCAGAUGCCUAGAAACUUUUUCAAAGAAUGUUCUGAUCCAGGAGCAGCUGAUAGAUCUGGACUGUGUGUUGCCUCUAAAGGCGCUGCUGAAAACCUCUUCUCCUGAGUCAGCCAUAACACUACUGUCUGCACUGUCUGCACACCUGCCAAACAAUGACGUCCUGGUGAGUGAAGGACUGUUGGAUGAAAUCGGUCAGCUGCUUCAUCAUCACAGAUCCAGCUCUGUUAUAAUCACACACAGCGGCAAGAUCAUCACUGACCUGUGUCGCUCCUGCAUGGGUCAGCAGGCUGUGAUGGAAAGUCUGUGUUUAUCAGGACUCCUCUGGGCCCUUCUGUCUCCCACCCUGUCAGAUGAGACCUUGCUUCAUGUGACAUCACACUUACAUCACCUGAUGACCUGGGAUCUACUUAAGUCUAACUUGUCUGUGACAAUAACAUCAGACCAAGUUUCAAGACUAGUGAAGUUGUCGGGACAAAUACAAAAUCCUCAGUUGUCAUACAACAGUGCGGCCAUCAUCAGCAAACUAGAAAUGACUGGGGAGAUGGUCCAGCUGCUGAGACCUCAUUACAUCACCAUGUUGGAGUACCUGUUGGUAUUUCUCAAAAAUAAAGAUGUUAAGUUCCAGCAGCUUGGCAUAGUUACAAUAUUCAACCUCAAGAAAGAUGGAGACUUUUCAUCUCUGUUGGCUAACAGUGAAUUGGAGCUUCAGCUCCGGAAGGUGCAUGCGCAGACGGAGGAAACCAGACGGCUGCUGCAAAUGAUUGAGCCCCUUUCUCCAACUUCUGUUAACUCUUGACUUACUCAGUACAAUUACUGAGAUGUGUACAGUGUGGACUGUACGAGGUGUUUACAUUCAUGCACUGCAUGGACAAGCAGCAUGUUUACAUCAUUUUAUAUCAUUUUGUGUUUUAAUGUGUUUAUUUUACAUCAGAGUUUUUAUGUUUACAGGCAACAAAUUAAGUGAAAAACAAGGCAGAGAUGCGGCAUAGUAUCAACUUUAAUUAAAUAGGGCAUAUAUUUCUUUUUAGCAGGUUAACAGGUGAUAGUUAUAAGCAAUACUUAAACUAUAAGAUCAAAUAUUGAUGAUCAGAUACAUUUGUUUUUAUAUGCUUUUAUUAUAAUAAACUCACUUAACUCUA